AAGGCGGCAGAGGGGAGGGAGUCCUUAGGUAAAAAAUGAAAGGGUGGAGGGAUGUGUGGAGUAUAAAGGCAUUGCUGUAGGGAAUUAGGAAAUAUUUCACAGGAGUAAAUACUGAGAGAUAUUUCCAAAACCUCUCCUUUCAUCCACAUUGCACACAGCGACGAAGGUCCAACACCCCCAAGAUGAGGAGCCUCCUUCAGUUCCUGGCCCUCUGCGCUGUGGUGUCCCUCUGUGUCUGCUAUGAUUCUCAUGAAAGCAAUGAAUCUCAUGAAGAUUUAUUUGUGCCUCGAAAUCGAGCCAACUCCUUCUUCUCGGGCAACAGGCGUACCCCACCCAGAGGGAACCGCUACAACCAGUACGACAUGAGGAACAGAAAGUCUCCUGCAGAGAUCCGUGCAGAGACCUGUGAAGACCACAAUCCCUGUCGCUUCUACGCCUAUCGCUUUGGCUUCCAGCAGGCCUACCAGAGAUUCUUCGGAACCCGAAACCCUCCGCAGCAGUCCUACAGACCGACCGUGACUCGUCGGUUCUAAACUAGAGUGUCAAGGUGACACUCUCUAUAUCACCUGUUCCUUCCAUCUGUCAAAGUUUUGUAUAAUUUAUGCUCUUGUACCUUUUUCAGUUUUGUCAGUAGAGAAAAACCUGGAAAAUACAGGACUCCAGUGUAGCUUGAAUCCUAUUAUCAUGCUUAUGAAUAUUAACAUCUCAUUUCACAUGUAAUCUCAUUUUAGUGUCAUCUACUAUCACCAUGCAGUCCCAUCCUUUUUGACAUGAACAAGACAUACCAGAAUGAAAUGUCUGUUAUAUAACCCAUUAUCUAUCUAGGCCAGUUAUGUUGUUGGUGAUUUUUUUGUUUCUAUGAAAGAAUAAAAAUUAAACUUCUUUCUUCAACCAGAGUUUGAUGAAAUUUUUAGGUACAGAGCCGAGCCCUGGAAUAACCAGCUGCCUGGUGCCAGCAGGGCCCACCCAAGAGCUUUGGGGGAGCUGGUGCCUAUCUCCAGCAGUUAUUGAAUGAGAGGCAGGGUACACCCUGGCAGCCCCUAAUGCCGAAUAUAGAUCUCAAAUCAAUAGAUUGGAAGGUCUAUUUACCAAGGAUGAGCCUUUCUGUAUAUUUGCAGAGAAGAUUUUCUGUUGUCAAAUUCUUCUAGAAUAGCAUUCUAAAUUUAUAGUAAAAAUUGACAAAUUUACCACUUGUAAUCAUAUAGAGAAAUAUCAUUAUAGUUAUAUUAACAAUCCUAUUUUCAAGUUGUUAGUUUAAUAAUUUCUUUUGCUUGUGUCUGUGCUGUAGUCAUAAUUCAUGUUUACUGUAAGUACAAAUAAACCUCAAUAAAGAAUUAUGCAUUUUC